UGUGUCGGUGCGGUUACCAGGUGGAGGCAGCAAUGGAGGUGGAGGCAGAGUGUGUGAGCUGGUGUGGCUGUGCUCCCACUCACAGGGGGAGCUGCUAGUGUGGUUCAGAACCCUGCCCUGUUAAAUCUGUUUCUAAACUCAGAGAUGGUGCGGUUCUUGUAGUUCGAAACUGUUCCCGAUAUGUUUGGGUUGAAGACAACCUCUUUUACCACCCUGAUUGUGGGGGUAUUUAUUGCCUAUGUUUUACAUACUUGCUGGGUGAUGUAUGGCAUAGUUUACACCAAGUCCUGCGCUAACCCCAAGAACAAGAACUGCAUCAAGCCCUAUCUAGCUGUUAAUCCUAGAAUUCAGUUGAGUAUCUAUGCGUCUACAAAAAGCAGUGUUACUGAUGGAGCCAAUUUAAACCUAAUGUUGAAGAUGGAACACUUUGAUGUGAACUCAAAAUUUGAGAGGAUCGUCAAUGUUUCAGUACCAAAGAAAACCCGUAGCAAUGGGACGCUGUACACUCAUUUGUUUCUCCACCAUGUUGGCAUGCUGCCUUGGCAUGACAAUAAUCAUGUGUAUGCUCUUGGGCACCUUACAACAUACAUGAUUCCAAAACCUGAGGAAAUCAACCUGAUUACAGGAGAAACCGAGGCCCAACAGGAAGCAGAUGGCCGUACUGAAACUAAAGUUGCUGAUCAGCCUGUAGCACAUUGGCGUUCAAAACUCACCAUCAAUAUUAUGGCUGAUAACUUCACUUUUGAUGGAUCUGCACUUCCUGCUGAUGUACAUAGAUAUUUGAAGCUGAUGCAGCAUGGCAGGACUAUGCAGUAUCUUCCUAUCCUGUUUGUUGACGAGCUAAGCAACCGAGUGAGAGAUUUGAGGAUUAUAAAUGCUACAUCGAUUACGUUGCCUCUUACUAUUUCUUAUGAUGCAAUAUCACUUGGAAAACUAAGGUUUUGGACCCAUAUGCAAGAGGCUGUCUAUUCAUUGCAACGGUUUGGCUUCACAGAAAAAGAUGUUGAUGAAGUAAAAGGGAUCUUUGUGGACACCAACCUCUACUUCUUGGCUUUAACGUUCUUUGUUGCAGCAUUCCACCUCCUGUUUGAUUUCUUGGCUUUUAAGAAUGAUAUUACCUUUUGGAGGCGAAAGAAAAGCAUGGUUGGAAUGUCAACAAAAGCAGUGCUGUGGCGAUGUUUUAGUACUAUUGUUGUAUUUCUUUUCCUUUUGGAUGAGCAGACCAGUUUAUUAGUCCUUAUUCCAGCUGGCAUUGGUGCAGUCAUAGAGGUCUGGAAAGUUAAGAAAGCCUUUAAGAUGACUGUUAAGUGGUAUGGCUUAAGACCACUAUUUCAGUUUGGAACCUUUGAUGAAUCUGAAAAAAAGACUGAGGAAUAUGAUACUCAGGCAAUGAAAUUCUUGUCCUACAUACUUUAUCCACUUUGUUUUGGUGGAGCAGUAUACUCACUAUUAAAUAUAAAGUACAAAAGUUGGUACUCGUGGUUGAUAAAUAGUUUAGUUAAUGGCGUUUAUGCUUUUGGAUUCCUGUUUAUGCUGCCUCAACUGUUCGUCAAUUAUAAGUUGAAAUCUGUGGCACACUUACCAUGGAAGGCCUUUAUGUAUAAAGCAUUCAACACCUUUAUUGAUGAUGUCUUUGCCUUCAUCAUCACCAUGCCAACAUCUCACAGACUAGCUUGCUUCAGAGAUGAUGUAGUUUUUCUUAUUUACCUCUACCAGAGAUGGCUUUACCCAGUGGAUAAAAGCAGAAUUAAUGAAUUUGGUGAAUCAUAUGAUGAAAAGGAUACUGUGAAGAAACUGCAUAAGGAGUGAUUUUAGACUGGGCUUUCUCUGCACCCAGCUGCCAGCAUCCUUUAAAUCUCUGCUACCUGCAGCGCAGCCACUUCUUUGUUUAUCUUUUCCUGCUUGGGACUGCAGUAUGAAUACAUUUCCAGCCGUGCCAACCUUUCUGGAUUUAUAAUUCUGGGUCAUGACUCAUUGGAGUUAAACAGUAUUAAUCUUAUGAAGAAGAUAGAGAUUGUAAACUAUGAUAUUGCUGUUUGACAGCCCAAUUCAAAUUUAUAAUAUAACUUGUUUCAUAGGUCCAAGACUUUGAGGUGUUAACUGAUCAGAACUGUACAUAAUGUUGGUCAAGGGCAACUUACAGCUUCACUAAAGGACCGAAGUAUUUAAACAUUCUCUUUCACUACCCUUCCUAGCUUGCUUUUAUUCUACAAAAACUUUGCUAACUUUUGUUUUUUUUGAGUAGACAUUAUGACCUUUACAAUCUGAUUAACUUAUGGUGACUUGAUGUCAUUGUUUUUGUGUGACUAUGGUUAUUACUGGAGUUGCCAUUCUGCAUUCCAUUCAUUGUGUCUGUAAGUUUGUGAUUUGGCCAAAUGAGUGGUUGAAACAAUUUGAAACUAAUCCAAGUUAGCACAGAAUGGAAUUUGCUUUUCUACUUUCAGUUCAGAUAUUAAACCUGACCACAAGAUUGGUUUGUGUAGGGUAUAAUACAGAUUUUUCCAGUACAAUAUUUAAGAGGUAUUGGGACAAUAAUUAACAUGAAUUUGUUGAACAGCAUUCUUGAAACAUUAAAAUCAAACCAAUACAACACUUCCCUUACUGCAGCAAUAUAAUUUUGAUUCAAUUCAGAAAAAAAUUAUUUUUUGACAAAACAGGAUUAAAUUGGAUAUGGUAAGGAAAGAAAUUAAAUACUCUUCUGUGUUAAUAUUUAACAAUAUUUUAUUUGGCUUUUUAGAACUUCUGAAUUAUUUUGGCCAAGGAUUGGUCAUUUCAGGCUAGUUUUAGUUGGAAAAGGUUCUAGGCUCUGUUAAUUCAAUAAUUGACAUUGCUGGCUAAUUUACUCUGUAGUGCUUUAUCUAGUUUUUUUUCUGGUAAAAUCUGCUUUGAUUUACAGAACAGCUGUAAUGAUCUCUUGAUUGAAUAUGCAUUCCCUUCUUUUUAAUGAUAAGGUUAUAAAGUUAUUUUUUAAGAAUACUCAUCCAAAGUGUUCUCUGCAACUUUUGUAAACAUGUGGUCGAUACAACUUUUUCCAAAUAUAUUGGUACUACUCCCUUAAAUUUUUACAGCAGUAGUUGAUCUUUUGUAAGUCCCAAAGCUUAAGUACUGAAUAGUACUAAGUAUGUUUUAACUUGUCUUUAGUAACAGCACAUAGGCUCUAAAAGUUUUCUCCUAAAUUAAUGAAAUUGCAUAAUUUGUAGUCAUCUCUUGACCAACUAGAGUGACAAAUAUAGACUCUUCACUGUCCUGGCUGAUUGGGUUUGACUUAUAGCUGUGUGUUUUUCUGAUCUAGUUGGGAGAAUUAAAAUGGAGUAAUCCUAGUACCAGCUAAACUGUUACUCUUUUUAAUAAAGAUUGGUUUCAAACAGGACAGGCAGUAUGGGUGCACAAUAAUUUACAUAGAAAGCUGGGCAUUUAGGAUGUGGUGUCAAUAAUGAAUGCAGUGUGUCUUAUCAAUCAGUCCAAACCUGGUGUGUUGAGUACCUUGAUCGGAUGAAAAACUGCCAACAAAUGGAGUUGUCAAAGAUAAAAACAAAUUGCACUCAAAGACCUGUGUGAUAAAAAUAAAUUCUGCAUAUCAUCUGA